GGCGGGUCUGACCUGGCCCCAGCCCGCGGGGUGCCGGGAGAGGAAGUCCCGGGCCGCCCCGGGCUCGGUCCGUAAGUCGCCGGACCCGACCCCGCUGCACGGAGCCUCGGGGCCCCCGGUGCCGCCAUCACCGGGCAGCCGGGCUCCAAGGGGAGGAAUCUGGGCGCCUCCCCCGUCCCCUCCGCCGGCGUCCAGCCUGGGGGCUUCCCCGCGGGGCCGGGCCGGCCCGGGCCGGAGACCAGAAACUGGAGUCCCCCAGAUGGACUUGAUCCUGACUGGCCAUCAAGAAAAGUUCAACUGUCUUAUUGGGAGUGGUGAGCACUGUAUGUGCUGCAGAAUAACAUCUAUAUUUUGCUCCAGAUCACCCCCCACUCCCAGGGGAAAGGAAAUGGCAUCAGUGGAGCUGGCUCAGGGGUCGGUGACCUUUGAGGAGCUGGCUGUGUACUUCACGGAGGGGGAAUGGGCUCUGCUAGACCCUGCUCAGAGAGCCCUCUACAGGCAGGUCAUGCAGGAGAACUAUGCCACUGUGGCCUCACUGGGGUUUCCAGUUUCCAAACCUGAUGUGAUCUCCUGGCUGGAACGAGGGGAAGAGCCGUGGGUCCCAGAUCUCCAGGGCUCUGAGGAAAAAGAGCUCCAAAAAGGUGCCCAGACAGGUGAUGGCAUGGUGAGUGAGAACAAGGAGUAUCCCCAGCAGGAAGAUGCUGAACAAGUUGAACCACAUGGGACAUUAGCAGGAAGAACCAAAGGGAAAGUUUCUUGGAGUUGUGCAGAGGCAAAAGCCUGUGAGAAUCAGCAUAGGCCAGAGAAAAGCUUCCAUAGUGGCUCAGACCUUAUUCAACGUGAAAGAAUUAAUACAGGAAAGAGACCUUACACAUGCUCUGAAUGUGGGAAAAGCUUUAGUCAGAGCUCAACGCUUAUCACACAUCACAGAGUUCACACUGGAGAGAGGCCGUACACAUGCCCUGAAUGUGGGAAAAGCUUCAGUCACGGCUCAGCCCUUAUCACACAUCAGAGAAUCCACACUGGAGAGACGCCCUUCACAUGCCCUGAAUGUGGGAAAAGCUUCAAUCACAGUUCAAACCUCAUCAAACAUCGGAGAAUCCACACAGGAGAGACACCCUAUACGUGCUCUGAGUGUGGGAGAAGUUUCUGUCGAAGUUCAGCCCUUAUCACACAUCAGAGAAUCCACACGGGUGAGACACCCUACUCGUGCUCUGAGUGCAGGAAAAGCUUCAGUGAGAGCUCAGACCUUAUUAGGCAUUGGAUAAUCCACACAGGAGAGAAACCCUACACAUGCCCUGAGUGUGGGAAAAGCUUCAACCACAGCUCAAACCUGAUCACACAUCGGAGAAUCCACACUGGAGAGACGCCCUACACCUGCCUUGAGUGCGGGAAAAGCUUCAGCCAGAGCUCACACCUUAUCACACAUCGGCGAAUCCACACAGGAGAGCGACCCUACACAUGCUCUGAGUGUGGGAAAAGCUUCUGUCGAAGCUCAAACCUCAUCACACAUCAGAGAAUCCAUGUAGGGAAGACACUCUCCUCAUGCUCUGAGUGUGGGAAAAGCUUCCGUCGGAGCUCAGCCCUUAUUAGUCAUCAGCGAAUCCAUAGAGGAGUGACAAACUACACAUGCCCUGAGUGCGGGAAAAGCUUCAACCGGAGCUCUCACCUCAUCACACAUUGGAGAAUCCACACGGGAGAGAAACCCUACACGUGCUCUGAGUGUGGGAAAAGCUUCAAUCGGAACUCAAACCUGAUCACACAUCAGAGAGUCCACACAGGAGAAACACCCUACACAUGCUCUGAGUGCGGGAAAAGCUUUAGUCAGAGCUCAACCCUCAUCACGCAUCAGAGAAUCCACACAGGAGAGAGACCCUUCACGUGCCCUGAGUGUGGGAAGAGUUUUAGUCAGAGCUCAACUUUUAUGAAACAUAAGAGAAUCCACAUGGGAGAGAGACCCUACACAUGCCUUGAGUGUGGGAAAAGUUUUAGUCAGAGCUCAACCCUCAUCACACAUCGGAGAAUCCACACUGGAGAGAGGCCGUACACAUGCUCUGAAUGUGGGAAAAGCUUCAAUUGGAACUCAAACCUUAUCACACAUCGGAGAAUCCACACAAAAGAGACUCCGUACAGAUGCAUUGAUUGUGGGAAAAGCUUCAGUCGGAACUCACACCUCAUCACACAUCGGAGAAUCCACACAGGAGAGAGACCCUACACAUGCUCUGAAUGUGGGAAAAGCUUCAGUCGGAACUCAAACCUUAUCACACAUCUGAGAAUCCACACAAAAGAGACUCCCUACAGAUGCACUGAGUGUGGGAAAAGCUUCAGUCACGGCUCAGCCCUGAUCACCCAUCGGAGAAUCCACACUGGAGAGACUCCCUUCACAUGUCCUGAGUGCGGGAAACGCUUCAAUCACAGCUCAUACCUCAUCACACAUCAGAGAAUCCACACAGGAGAGAGACCCUACACAUGCUCUGAAUGUGGGAAAAGCUUCAAACGGAACUCGCACCUCAUCACACAUCGGAGAAUCCACACAAAAGAGACUCCCUACAGAUGUUCUGAGUGCGGGAAAAGCUUCAGCCACAGCUCAAACCUUAUCACACAUCAGAGAAUCCACACAGGAGAGACACCCUAUAUAUGCUCCGAGUGCAGGAAAAGCUUCAGUGAGAGUUCAGACCUUAUUAGGCAUUGGAUAAUCCACACAGGAGAGAAACCCUACACAUGUCCUGAGUGUGGGAAAACCUUCAACCACAGCUCAAACCUGAACAAACAUCGUCGAAUUCACACUGGGGAGACGCCCUACACCUGCCUGGAGUGUGGGAAAAGCUUCAACCAGAGCUCACACCUUAUCACACAUCAGCGAAUCCACACAGGAGAGCGACCCUACACAUGCUCUGAGUGUGGGAAAAGCUUCAAUCGGAGCUCAGCCCUUAUUAGUCAUCAGAGAAUCCAUAGAGGAGUGACAAACUACACAUGCCCUGUGUGUGGGAAAAGUUUUAAUAAGAGCUCAAUUUUCAUCAAACAUAAGAGAAUCCACACAGGCGAGUAAUGCCAUAAAUCAGGGGUUCUCAAACUUUUCUUUCUGAGGCCCCCUCAACAUGCUAUAAAAACUCCAGGGUCCAGCGGGGGUGGAUAGUGACUCAGGGAUCUGGGCCCAGGGGUGGGAUCCUUGGGCGUAGGUGUACUUUGACUUCUAUUUUUGGGGGGUAAGGGCUGGCAAGGCUUGGGCUAGCUCCACACAGCCGGAUCCAGGGAGGAAGUGCCACCUCCACCCCCUGACUCGCCUCAGCAGCCACCUACCUGUCUGGGGUUUUGUGCCGGUGGCUGCUCCCCAAUGGCUCUGCUGGCCUUGGAGCCAGGUCCCUGCCUGGGCAGCUGUAACCGGCUGCGUGAGCAGUCAAAGUGGGCUGGGAGCUGAGGAGCAGCUGCAACCCUGAGCACCAGCAGCAGAUGGGGGAAUGCCAGGGCUGCCCACUCCAUGACACCAGCAGCCAGAGGAGCAGCUGCCCCGCACUACCUGGCUCCAGAUUCCCAUCUCUGACCAGAGGUGGGGUUUGAGGGGGGCUGAGGGAGUGGAGGAGGUGCGGGGUGGAGCUGCCCCCAGGACUGCCACAUUCUGGUUAAGGCACUGCAGUUCGGGGCGGCAACACCCUUGUGCCUCCUCAACUUUGCUCAUGGGCUCCGGGCUUCAGCCCUGUGCCACUCCCGGAUUCCGUGGGGGGAGCUUGGGGUUUCAGCUUCCUGCCGCUCUGACUUCAGCGUAGGGAGGGGAGCUCAGGGUUUCAGCCCACCUCUCCCAGCUUCGGUGGGGGAGGGAAAGAGGGAAGCUCAGAGUUUCAGCCCCGUGCUGCUCGUGGCUUCAGUGGCUGGGGGGAGGGGAGCUUUGGGUUUCCGCCCUGUGGCGGGGCGCUGGGACUCAAGGUUUCAGCUGUGGGUCCAUAUGGACUCCCUGAAAGGGCUUUCAGAACCCCAGGGGCCCCCAGACCCCCAGUUGAGAACUGCCACCAUAAAUGUCUUAGGGCUAGCCAAAGAUUUUUUGUAAAAUACAGGAGCGAAUUCCCACGUAGUUUGUACCAUUUUCUUCAGUGUGGUCUCUCAGCUCCACGUGAAUUGCCUGCCUCUGUCUUUUGCCCCUUCUCCUUUGGGGUGAAUCCCAUCCUCCUUUAUCAACUCCUUUACUUUAGAAGUCCUGGGAGUGUGUCCUUCUCCUGCCAGAAAUAUCCAUCAGCACCAUGUGCGGGAGAUAGUGUUCACCUUGACUAGCUACACUGAAGUAAAAAUGGCCUGUGCCUUGUCUCCCCUGGGAUUGUACAUGGAGGUAGCGGCUCAGCUUAGAGAUCUUGUAACAACACAACUACAUUCGUAGUGCAGACAUAACCUGGGUAGAGUGGCUGGGGUUAGCUUCCCCUGGACCUGAGCUCACCACCAUCAUUUUUCCUACUCUGGACAAACCUGAGCAUCCCGUCGAUUCCAUUCCCCCAUUACAAAGUGAUUGAUAGUCACUGUGUUCCCCCUUGGGGACAGAUUGUCUCAAUCCCAGUUCUUCUCACCUGGCUCGGGGUUUUGCAGGACAGAAAUAUUUUUUCUACCAUUUUCUUCAUGUAUAAUGGAUUGAAAUAUAACAAAGUGGGGUAGGAAAAAUGUCAUUUCAUACUCUGUGACACCUGAAGGAGACGGGGUGAGUCAAAGGGAUUCCCUCCUUCCCAAUCACUGUCACAAUCCCCCCUUGCCCCAGCAGCAUUAGCUUCUGUGUAAGCCACAAUAGCGUUUAUCCUCCCCUCGUUCUACCCCUGCACCUCCCAAAGUGUCACAUGAUGCCGUGUUCUGAGCGCUUCCUGUUCUUAGGUGUCACACUUUGAUCCUAAAUCUGACUCACUGGGGCUAGAGAUGAAAGUGUCACAGGCCUGGAGGGGGAAUUUGAAUGGAUCCCAAACACAGAGUAAUCAUUCUGUGCUUUCAUGUGUGCUUCCAUCUAUUGGCAAAGCUGCUUCUGGGCUUUUUCCUGCAAAGCAUGGAUUGUCUGCAGAUGGGAAGGUUGGCUGCUUUUCCCCCUUGUGAUUAAGCUAAAUCUUUUGUAAGUAACAUGACUCAAUAAUAAUGAAGUGGCACAGAGUGAAGGAAAAUUGAACUGAUCAGAGAAGAAUACAAUGGGAGAAUCUGUUUUGAUUUUGAGUUAUCAGACAUAACCUGCUCUGGAAUUUAAUUUUAUAUGAAACUGAAAGUGUCUUCCACCCCUCUGUCUUGUGGGUUUUUCUCUCUGUCCUGAAGUCGGUUUGGUCUCAUAAUUGGAUGUUACCUUUGUUUGACAGCAUAUACCUCAGAUUUACUAGGGACUUUGAGACAAAUGACAGUAAAACGAUAAUAUCUUAUUUUAUAUGUGUCUUUUCCUCACCCCUGUAUGGUGACAUGGAAGAAGUUCAAGUGUAGUUCAGCCAGUAGGAAAGAAUAUUCCAGCUAUUGGGCAUGCUCCUAAGGAAACAGUAGCAAUUUAAAAUUUCUACUUUGAAACGGUGGAGAACAUCAUAUUGCAAAUUGUGCAAUGAACUGACAUGAUCGCAGUUGUUGUGGGUGCAAUAUAAAUUAAUAGCAAGAUAUCCAGUAUCUAGUCUUAAUCAAUUUAUUAAUCAAGGAAUAUUAGUCAAGGAUUAAUACAGCAUAAUACAGAAAGGAAGAGUGCUUAUGUUACCAAUCCCUCUGAAAGACAGGAGUUGCAGUGCUCACACUGUCUUAAAGAUCCUGUGCUUAUCCCUCCUGUAUUUAUACCUAAGUGGGGGGGGGGGAGUUUCACAAUUUUCCCAAUAUCACUUUAUCUAAUAUAUCUUUCUUCUCUAUUUUCUGUGACAUGUUUUUCAUAGACAGUAAUUGCUACACCUUCUACGUGGGGGAUAUGUUGUAAGUUUCAACAUGGCUUCUAUUUUACAUUUUGACUGUUAUACAGACCCCAUGCAUUAAACAAAAACAGAGAAGCACGUACACAAGACUAGAAUUUUGUUUUGAACAUUCCAGGCCUAGCAUUACCUAUUUUUCUGCUAUGUUUGUGCCUAGCCCUGAUAUUACAAUACUUCACCUAUCUUUCUGUAACGUAAAUAAUAAAAUAUUUUGGAAGAUCUUAAGAUGAAGACAAUUCAAGAAAUAUAUAUAUUAUAUAUAAUGUUAAUAUUCUAUGUACUAUUUAAUAUUGGCUAACAUUAUAGAAAUUGCAAACUUUCUCUAACCUAACUUCAACUUUGUUGUAGUAGCCAGGUAUAUCAUAACACUUAGAAACUGGGUUUUUUAAAGUGCAUUUUACAAGCUUCUUGUACCUUAGUUUUUGCUGAACUUGCAUUCUCCAGCACAGCUACAAAGGAGAAGUUCGUACAAAGGUCACAGUAUCUACCUAUCAUACAGUUUCAGAGCAUUUAACAUGAAUAUAAAGGACUUCAAGUUCAAUACACUUUACAUAAUCACUAUUGAUUACUUUCUUAUUUUGAUUAUAAAUACCAUUAUUUCACUUACAGUUGCUAUAAUAAUAUAUUUAUAUUUUUAUCAGUAUCACACUUUUAACAGGUUUCAGAGUAGCAGCCGUGUUGGUCUGUAUUCGCAAAAAGAAAAGGAGUACUUGUGGCACCUUAGAGACUAACAAAUUUAUUAGAGCAUAAGCUUUCGUGAGCUACAGCUCACUUCAUCGAACCUUUUACUUAUAAGAACUCAUUUCCCAGUAAAUCUUAUCCAGACAAACCAGUGGUUUGAAAUAAAACAAUUUUUACAUCCCUGAAUAAUAGUUUUGAUUGUGAGAGCUUAGGUAAGCAAGUUGCAUUCCAGAAUAACGGUCAUGGUAGAACUCAGGUUUCAGUAAAAUUCUGUUCUUACAUGGUAGCUAUAAUUGCAACAGCCUUGCUGUGAUUUCACAACCUGCCUUUUUACACUUUAGUUUAGCUGAAGAGAAUACUGAUUCAAUUCACUCAAAAGCCCAGUUGCAAAUCCCUCUGGUCCAGUUCUGUCAGCUAAUGUUAUGAAGCAUUUUGGGUUUUAAUUUAGUUUGGUAAACACAGUGUUAUUCAGGGUUAUGGCAAUAUAGUUUCAGAUGAUCUGGGAAGUGUUUUCCCCAGUCAGUGACUUAGCACUCUGCAAAAGGCCCAUGGAUUUGGAUCCCAAAGGAAUUGUGGCUUUGCAGGAAGUUACUGUUGAAAAUACUUCCUUCUUAAUCAAGUGCACGCUGCCUGUUAUUUGGGAAGCCCAAUCUGUAGAGAUGGAGAAAAUGGAAGUCUGGCAGCGGGGGUGAGGUUGCAGGCGGAAGGGGUGGAGCCAAGGGUUAGUCUCCCCAAGGGGGGCUCCACCAGUUGCCCAUCAGUAUAUAACUCAAUACACAGCCGCUUCCUUGGGAUCCUGUUUUAGGGUUUAUAAGGGCUGAUGUUCUGCUGUGUUACGCUGAUGAUUUCACCUAAUUGAUAAGUUAUUUUAAUAUAGUAUCCUUGGUAAUGCGUUAAUUCACUGAUUAAAUCAUAACUGUAUCAUUUAACCCUUAGUUAGCUGCACAGUGUUUGCAGUAAUUUAGCCUUAGUGAUGUGUGGUCUCGAUUUGUUCAUUGUAAUAAACUGUAUAAAAGGGA